UGUCCUAGCGCAGAACACCUUCCAAUCACUGAUGCGCUGGUGGAUGCCUUAAUUUUCAACCUGUUUACCCGAAAACGCGAACCGACCGACAAUUUCUGUGACCUCACUGUACUGACUGAGGAAGCGGAGAAGCAAGCUGAAGCACUUCACUGUCCCGGUUUCCCCUGGGCCCUCUGGCACCCCUCAAGUCAGACUAUCCAACUACUGAACGAUGUAAGCUCCCGCCAGCCUCUGCAAUUUUCGACUACUUGUGUCCAUAUUUAA